AUGGUUGUGAUACCUAAUGCAGAUGGAACAGCAUUUCCUCCUCCACAGACAGACAGGAUUUUAUUGAAUCCAUGGCAACCUGAAGAAAGUUAUAAUUUUAAGAAUGACAUAGACAGUACAAAAAGAACAUUUCAACCAGACCGGCUGUCAUUAUAUCCAUGGCUGGUAUAUUCUAAAGCAGUUAAAGGUGCCCUCUGCAACUUUUGUGUGCUUUUCAGCCCACACAUAACGCAUGGUAGUCAUCAUGGUACAUUCAUAAGCCGCCCAUUCACAAAUUUCGAAAAGUUCCAUGAAUGUGCAAAAAUGCAUAUGAAUUCCGAGUGGCAUAAAGAUGCAAUAGAAAAGUCAAAUAAUUCCAUUAGUGUUGUGACAAACAAAACUAAAAUUUUGGCAGACAAAUCAAUGGAUAUUGCAGGCACAGAACAACUUUCUCUUUCUGCACGUUAUUUUGACCAUGCAACUAAUGUUGUCAGAGAAGUCUUCCUUGGAUUUACACCAUUAGCAAGGUUAGAUGUAAAACAUAUCUCCAACACAAUAUCUACUUUAUCUGCUUGGGGUUUAAAUCUAGAUAAAAUGGUAGGACAAGGCUAUGAUGGGUGCAGUACACUGGCCGGUAAAAUUGGCAGAGUACAGAAGAUAAUUGCUGAGAAAUAUCGCAAGGCUCGCUUCUAUCGUUGUGCUAGCCAUAGACUUAAUUUAGUUGUGAAUGAUUUGAACACCUUACCAGAGGUUAGAAAUGCCAUUGGUACUAUCAAAGAAGGAAUUUCUUUUUUCCGAGGGAGCACGCAAAGGAAAGUCCUAGUUGGGAACCUUCAAAAACUGUGUGAGACACGCUCGUCUGAGAAGCAUAAGCCUAGAAGGAAAUUUAAUGAUAAGUUUUUAGAAAUUGUUGAAGCAUUUGCAAUUUUACAUAAAGAAGGAGAUCGUGAAACUGGUCAGAAAGUCUGGCAACUUUACUGCACACUUACUUCUCCAACAUUUAUUCUUACAUUAAAAGUCAUAGCAAAAUAUUCAGCCAAACUAGAACCUGUCACCAAUAUCCUACAAUCAGUAAACAUUAACUUGUUAGAAGUUUCAGAACACAUUCAACGAAUUGUAAAAAUGUUAUUGGAUGACAGAGAAAAUGCGGAAGCCGAAUUUGAAAUGAUAAUGAAAAGUGCUGAAAGCAACUAUAGUGCACUUGAAAUAGAUGUCACUGUCCAGUCCUUGCAAGAACGGUUUUCAGACGAUAACAAGGCAUCUUUUGAGAUUUUCUGCUUGCACCCAAAGGUAAUGAAAUCCCAAAGCAACCUAGAUGUGAAAAGGAUAAUUGAAAAUAUCAAAAGAUUUUAUGGCGAUCUUUUAGAUAAUUUCACUGAAGAAGCAUGGACAUGGAUCAGUAUGUGGAAACGCAAUAAAGUAACUGAAGGAGAUAUUGCUCAAUUAAGCCUGACUGAUCUACAGGACAAAGCCAAAUUCAUGCCCGCCGUAGCUUCAGCUUCAAAGAUAGCCUUUAGCUUACUGGCAACCACCUGCUCUGCGGAAAGAUCGUUCAGAGUAAUUGAAGAGGGUUACACUGUAUGA